AUCGACGUAAUGGUGCUUUCAGUCGGCGUGUGUUUUGUUCGCAUGUAGCCUAAACCUUCACAGCUCGAUGUCGACGCCUUCGAGUUUGACUUAACGAAGGUUACCGUGCAAAAUGAUUUAUAUGCAACGGAAACGAUUCAUUCGCGUCUUGGUUCCUCAUAUUUUUAUAAUACCCACCGUGGAGGAGUAGCAUGAAUGCUUGGGCAGAGGUCCUCAAGGAGGUGGAUGAGAUCUAUGAAAAGUACAAAAAGGAGACUGACAGUGGGCAGCGCAAGCGACUGCAGAUUCAGUUGCAGCGGGCGCUCAUCAGCAGUCAGGAGCUGGGAGAUGAGAAGAUCCAUGUGGUCACACAAAUGAUGGAGGUGGUGGAAAACCGCUCGCGUCAGAUCGAGGCCCACUCGCCUUGUUUCUUGGAGCCGGCGGAAGCAGAGCGACCGGCGGAGAAGGUGAGGCACGACCCUGCCAGCACCUCUGCAAAUGUUAUGCCCGAGCGCUCUUCGGCGAGACGACCCAGACGUCAACGUAACAGUGAGAGCCGUGACACUUGUGCCAACGGAGCCUUGGAAGACCUGGGAGAAGAGCCCCCGCAGCAGCCCCGUGAGAAAAAGUCCAAGUCGGCCAAGAAGAAGAAGCGCUCCAAGGCCAAGCAAGAGCGAGAAGCAUCGCCGGUGGAGUUCACCAUCGACCCCAACGAGCCCACCUACUGCCUCUGCGAACAGGUGUCCUAUGGGGAGAUGAUUGGCUGCGACAAUGAGCAAUGUCCUAUUGAGUGGUUCCAUUUUUCUUGUGUUGGACUGACCUACAAGCCCAAGGGGAAAUGGUAUUGCCCCAAAUGCAGGGGUGACAGUGAAAAGACUAUGGAAAAAAGUGCGGAUAGGGCCAAGAAGGAUAGGCGGUCCAGGUAGUGCCUUACAGAAGAUGUGCUAGAUUGUUUAAGUGAAAAUAUGCCUGUGUGGGGAUCGGCGAUUUUUGUGUUUAACUUAUGUUAAAAGGUUCUCCUCAUGCACUUAGCUGAAAAGUUUCCAAACAGGUGCUGUUGUUGAUUUUGCAUUAGGAUGGAAAACGACCAACAGACGUAAUUAACCCUGGAAACACAGAUGUUUAAGAUACUGCCACUAAUGUCCAUAAGACAACGAAGAGUUCUUUUCUAAGCUUUUUUUCCUUUUAAUUGUUGAUUUCGGUAAACCUUGAGAGUUUAUAUAUGUUGGAGGUCACCCGGUCCAGGGUAGUGCGUGUUAUUAAAAAAAAGAGGAAAGUGAUCAAAAUGCACAGGGUUUGAUGAACACUGUCAACACCUUUUAUUUGCAUUUCUUGUUCUUUCGUUCCACAUUUUAGAAAUAUAUAUAUGAAAACACACCUCUGAAAUGUCUUCCAGUGAGAGAACAAAUUCUUUGUUACUGUUUUUGAGUGAUGUUUUUUUGUUAAAAAUUCUUUUUUUUUUUUUUUUUUUUUAAGUUUCAUCUAUUUAAAUAAAUCAGUGCUUGUUAUGUCUCUAAGCUGCUUGUUGUU